AUGGAGGACAGAAGCAGCCACACGGAGGGCUCCAGGCCUGGUCCUGCAGAGGUGCAGACUAAACCCUGCCAUGGGAGCUGGAGAGCCGCAGGUCUGCUGCUGCUGCUGCUGGCCCUAGCCACUGCAGGGGUUGUGACUGGAGGGCUUCUUGGCUUCACCCACGGCCCUCCCAAGCCUUUGCUGCAGAUGCUCCGACUGACUCUCCCAAGCCCACCAGUACCCUGGUCCAACCAAACCACCCUGGUAGACAUGGCCCGGAACAUGGCAACCAUUAUGGUGACUCCGCCGCAGAGCAACCGCAGCUGGGCAGUGCUGUUUGAUGGGCAAAAUGGCUGUAUCUGCUACCGUCCAGCAGAGCACCAGGCCUGCUUCCUCCACCUGAUGGAGGCCCAAGAUCGGGAGACCCUGCAGCUGAUAGUAAACACCUCCAGGGCUCAAGAGUCCCACGCCACUGGCCAAGCCACCCACUAUGCUCAAGAGCUGCUGGCAGUGCAUGGGAGCCAUACUGUGGAUCCUGCCCAGGUGGGAGCUUCAGUCCAACAGCUCUGUGCAAAGACUCCCAUCUAUUGGGCCCAUCGAGUGGAAGGGCCCCAGAGACAGCGGCUGAUCUAUCUCUGCAUUGACAUCUGCUUCCCAAGCAACAUCUGCAUGUCCGUCUGCUUUUAUUACCUUCCAGACUAAGUCCUCUGCCUGACUCAUCUGGACUUGUCUCCACAGGCCAGUAGUUGGCUGGUCAGCAGCACCAAUGGAGGGCAACUGCUGACAGGGACAAAUAAAACCCUUGCACCUGG